UGUGUUUUUAGCAGACAAUACCUUUCAGAAAUUCUAUGCGACACAUAGGCCUUAUUGUGAAGCUUGCUAUUAAUUUCGGAGUGAAAACUGUUUCUUCAUUUUCUUUUAGUAAAUUAAACGCUGCAGAGGACACUUUUUACAGUUAUCUGCAGCAGCCCCGGUCAUAAAACCGACUGUUCCUUUGAUUUCUCUCCUCGUGGGCUGAUUGAUACUUCGGCAGCAUCGCGUUUACCGGCGUGACCGAUGGUCCUCGUCUCGCGCGUUAUGCCCCCUGCAGCCUCGGCAGAGCCUCCGGUGAGCGGGGCUUCCCCCUGAGCCGCAGACAAUGGCAUCUUUUGAGUGAACGAGGCGAGCUCUAGGACCCAGGGAGCGCUGCCAUUUCUUCCAGGGGUUGCCUAAGCCUCAGCGCACACCCCUGCUUAGGAAAACUGAGAUAGGCGAAGAGAGAGGGAGCGACUAGAGGAACGCAGCUCUGUUGUUGUGGUCACUCCAAGAACAUGGAGGGGCUGGAGAGCAGGAACUGACCCGCUGCCAUCGGGAGGACAGGAGUGCAUGUGGAAGGGCUUCUUCAGAGCGGAUCAGGAUUAAAAGGGGAACCUCAGGUGCGCUCUGAUUGUUUCCAGCUGGAACUUUGACGCAGGAACAAUCAUCUGCUUUCUGAGCAAAUGCCACGAAUAAAAUCACACACAUGGAUCUAAAUGACUUUCUCUCCCUCGGUACCGAGUCCGUCUUCACCGGUGCGUCGAUUAAAUCAUUGGCUAGGUGCGCGGCGCAGGAUUUCUGCUUCCCAGAUCUCGAGCGACAAGAGCUGCGUUUCAGAUCUCUCACGUUCACCUCUCCAGUCACAUUUCACGAGCUUGUCCCUCUGCUCCCGUGUGUCUCCUCCGCUCUGUCUGGACCAUGCGUGGGCCUGUUCUUUGGCAAUGCAAAGGGGAAAAAUACCUUCCUGUAUGAUGUCAGAGCUUGAACGCCGGAGCGAGGCCGAACACAGUCGGAGAGAGGCCCUAAACUCGCUCUCUACCAACAACAGCAGGAACGAGGAUCAUCUUUUUUCACCGUUGCCGCUUAGCUUAAGAGUUCAUACCUUAAUAGUCCUGUGUGCCGAGGCAGCGUCCGCUCCAUUCAUAGCGCCGGUCAUCUGAGAACGGCUCUGAUCGGGUCUGAAUGAACAGCUGUGGCGGUGAUGACUCGCUGCGGGUCCGGUUACUCCUGUCUGAAGUGUUUGUGCGAGAAGGUCCACGCAUGCCGUGCUUAAACAUAGCAUGGCCUUAGCGGACUGUUAAAAGCAGGAGCCGAGGGCUGCAUGGGUCCAGUGGUCAUGCCCCCGGGGAAGAAGGCCGAGGGGCCCAGCAGCGGGAGCGUGGCGCGGGGCCUGAGUCAGCUCUACCAGGACACAGAGGCAGCUGACCUCUCUCUGGCCCUGUCCGCCUCCCUCAGCCGGGCCGAGGACGAGGAGCUGACCAGCCUCAGCUGGCUGCACGAGAGCACGGAUCUCCUGACCAGCCUGGGCCACUCGGGCCUGCGCAGCGUCAGCCCCCUGCAGGACGCUAACGGCGGCCGAGAGCCCUCCUCCUCGCCGUCGUCCUCCCCCGAGCCCAGCGAGCCGCCCUACCACCUGUCCUCGGGUCCCAGCCGCAAACCGCCCUACUCCUUCAGCUGCCUCAUCUUCAUGGCAAUAGAGGACGCUCCCUCCAAGAGACUUCCCGUCAAAGACAUCUACGGCUGGAUACUGGAGCACUUCCCCUACUUCGCCAGCGCCCCCACUGGCUGGAAGAAUUCAGUGCGCCACAAUCUGUCGCUGAACAAAUGCUUCAAGAAGGUGGAUAAGGAUCGCAGUCAGAGCAUAGGAAAGGGUUCUCUCUGGUCUAUUGAUCCUGACUACAGACACAAUCUGAUCCAGGCGCUGAAGAAGACUCCAUAUCAUCCGUAUUCCCCUCGGCUUCCAAAACCUUCUACCUCCCCGUCUGCCUCUCCUCAGCAAUACCACAGUCCUCCACUAUGGCCAGGAAGUCCACUCUUCAGAAAGAAUGGAGGAGUGCUCUUACAAGUUCCACAGAGAGUGAUACAGCACAGCUCACGUGUGGCCGCUCAGGGGCUCUUUCCGGUUAUCAGACCCCUUCCUCUGAGUCCCGUGAGCAAGAGGACCACAGCCGUGAGAUCCGCCCUGGGCGACUAUCUGACCCGGGGUAAGAACAGCCUGCGCAGUGACUCUCCUCCACCCAGCGAUGAUCAGCAGGAGGACCACACAUACAGCAGCUCGCAGUCCCUAAACGCGAAGGGGGACGUUUCUUCCUCCCUCUCCUCCUGCUCCACUCAGGGUUCCCUCUCUGCCUACAGCCCCGGCCAGGAGGUGACGCUCACUGAGGUCAAGGAGGAGCAGAAAGACUUUCCGCUGGACGCCACGCCACCUCCUUCCCAGCUGCUCCAGCGCAGAAGACUGCUGUGGACCAAAGGUCACCUACGGACCCCCGGCGACAUGCUUCCCCUGAAGAAGAGACGGGCCGAAAAGCUGCUGGUCAAAGAGGAGGAAGACGAGGAGAUGAAGGAGGCGGCGGGGUCGUUGCUUCACCUGGCCGGCGUGCGCACCGGCGUCAAUAAAAACGCUCUGCGUACGUGUAAGAAGGAGCCGAAAGAGGAAGCCAAUGAUUAGCAAUGAACGAAAAAAAAAAUCCCGUUCACACAGAUCUAAAUACUUCUGUUCCAGGAUAUCAGGUGAAUUCUAGUCAGUCGUUGCAAUAUCAAUAAAAUCACUGUUGUCCCUGUCAGAUUUGAUUUCCAGGGUGAAAGAUUCUCAUGUUCAUGUUGUUUUGUGUGAGAGAGAGUGUGUGUGUGUGUGUGUGUGUGUGCGCGCGCGUCUGUGAGAGAAGAGGGGAAAAAAGCCAUAGUAAAAAUUUGGGUCAUUCGAGUGGAAAAAAUGUUUUUCUUUUAAUUCAUCAAGCCUACCGAACAAUUCAAAUGAAUUAUGUUGUAGCAAUCCUUCUAGUUCACAUCAGAAAGCUGAAUGGAGAGAUUUUCUUUUAUGCUGCUCUCAAGUGUGCCAAAGAUAUGAAACCCGUUGAUGAAAGUGCAGCUAAUCCAUGCACACUUAGUAAGACCAGGAACAGUUUGAAAGGUAGUGAUACCAACCUAUAUUACACAAAAAAAAAGAUUAAAUCUGAUGAAUAUCUGGGUCAAUGACAUGACUCUCAGUUGUCUUGGUCUGGCUUUAUUUAUUAAUUUAAAAACGCAAUUUAUGCAUGCAGCGAUUUAAUGUAUGGAGUUAAAAUGUCAUUAAAAGUAGUAUGGCAUUCCAUUUUAUUCCUUUUAAAAAAUAACUGCAUUUAAUUAAUAUUAUAAUAAUACUUUAAAGCAAAUUAGAUUUGGUCUGAUAAAUCAAAGUAAUGUCAAAACAUAAAUAAAAAUAGGAUGCUUGCAAACUCUUAUGAUCGUCUUUAAUUCUUAAAAUAUCAGAUUGUUUGCCCAUUUAUGACGUUUUUUCAAUUACAAACCCCUAAUUAGACACUUUUUUUUCUUUUUUUAAUGGUUAAUAUAUUUAAGGUGUAAAGAAAAUAUAUUCUUUGUGCAAUUACCAGUGACACCACGUGACAGAAGUCAUUAAAGUGACUCGCAUAUAACUUUUGUUACAUGUCAUUGACCCAUUUAUUUAUUAAGCAGCAAAUGUUUCGUAUAAAAUGGCCUGUGUCCAGUGGAUACCAGACGUAAAGGUCAAAUGCAAUAUGCCAAUUCUCUCUUAAACGCCUGGUGUUUAAAACAUUUCUGGUGUUAGUUCUUAUUUGAAGCACACUAAAACUAAUCUUUUAUGAAGCAAUGUCACAAAUGCCUAUUGUGUUGCCAAACUGUUGGUGUUUUUUAAAAUUCCUUUUUUUGAUUUUUUUUUUUUUUUUUUUUUUUUUUUAAUCUUCAUCACAAUCCAAGCAAUUUGUCCUGUCAGGAUAACACUGUAAAAAGUCCCUUUUUUUUCCCACAGAAGGCAGUUUUUGCCUGUUUUUUCGGUUAUAUUGCAUGGGUGCUUGUACAUAAGAAAGAAGUAUUUUCUUUUCUAAAUGAAAGAUCAUGUAAGAUAGAUAUUUAGCAUGAGGCAUGGCUUAUUUUCUUACAACAAAACAGAGAGAGGCGUCUCUUAAAGCGUAGGUUUCUUUCUUUACUCUUUAUUAUUAUAAAUUGUUUUUUUUUAAAGUUGUGUCUCUCUUCUGCGGCAGACAACUCUUCCAAAGGAAGAGACUUCACGGAAACCCAUUAAUGAACAGAUCUGCCUUGUAUUGAAUAUCAGGUGAAACUGAUUUUGCCUUUUUCGUGGUCCUCGGUUUGGUGGUCCUUUUUCAAUUCAUUGAUGUAAGUGUUCAAACGUUGUUAAUAAUCAGUGUUGGAUGACCUAUCACUCUGUACACCCUUUAAGGUUGUGCCUGCCUUUAGUUCAUGUGCUUGGAUGUCUGUUCUUAUUUUUUCUUUCUUUUUUUUUGUAACGGUUCGAUACUCUGUCAUUUUUCAUUGUGCGAUCUGCAGCAUUGAUAUCACAAAUUGUACUGAAAUAGUUUGACAAGGAAUUAGAAUUGGCUUUAGAAUAAUCCCUUAUUAGCGCGAAACUUCUCGGUCGACCUUGGCUUGUCUGUUUCCUUUAGUUUUUGCUUCCAACUCACAUAAACUUGAACUUCAUCUGUGAAUCUGAAUGUCCCACGUGUGCAAGGGGGGCCCUGCAGAGAAAUAGUUCACCGCAAAAAAAAUGUAGAUGAGUUCGUUUGUUCAUCUGAACAGGUUUAGAGAAAUGCGUCACACGCCGAUAGAGCCUCUGCAGUGAAUGGGUGCCGUCGGAAUGAGAGUCCAAACAACCGAUGAAAACAUCACAAUAAUCCACAUGGAUCUUUGGCAAAAGCGAAUUGAAACAUCCCUACAAAGUUUUGAAUCUGAAAGUGCGCCAUUUAUACAGUGUAUACAGUUGACUCUGAAUCAUUGAGAUGUGUCGUUUUUAAAGUGAAUCCCAAGCCGUCAAAAGUGAUUUAUGAGCAUAUUACCCGCCCCCACUUGUUGAUCUUUUCACGUUGGUCCUAAUUAAAAUACAUAGUCAUUAUUUGUCACUAGGUUACGCUUUUGGAGCGUUAAAAGCUCACAAACACUGCUUUAAAUGUAACCAAUGAAUCAUUGAACGAAUCGUUCGGAAGUCGUUGAACAAAUAAGGUAAAAAAAAAAUGCAUAUUGUAAAUAAAUGCAUAAGAAAAUGAAAGUGCUUUUUCCUUGCGUGCAUUUCGACCUGUCGUUGGCGACUCCCAAAACUAAAAUAUGAACUUUUCAUAACCCCCAAUAGGGGCAGCUUAAGGCGUUUUGGCUUUAAAUAACUGUGCAUAUGUCUCUCCUGAUUCAGACGAGACGACUUUUUCCACCGGUGAAGGCAACAUUAUGGAUAGAGGCUUUUCUGAAAAGAACAGACAUGCAGAUUUUCACUUUACAAGACAGACUGGGCUCAUGUUUUGGAUGAUUAUGUAUCAGCUGUUAAGACGCUCGUUCCGACGGCACCCAUUCACUUCAGAGGAUCCGUCAGUGAGCAGGUGACGAAAUGCUACAUUUUUCCAAAUCUUUUCGGAUGAAACUCAUUUAUAUCUUGGAUAGCCUAAGGGUGAGUAAAUUGUCAGUGAAUCGUCUUUUUUUUUGGUGAACUGUUGCUUUAAUGCUGUCUUGAAAGCUGCUAGCGGACAUCUGUCGGCAUCGUACAUAUUAUUGUCUACGCAGCAUCCAUCACGACGUUUACACUCCGCUUCCGCUUCAUGUGCGAGUCGCUUUCUGAAUGUUUUCUUCAAACAUUUUGAAACAGUUCAGCUCGAUUCUUCAGCACUUUUUAAUAGGAAGGUUUGUCCUCGGCAGGGGGUGUAGCGAUGGAGCGGCCCUGUAAGUGCGAGGACGACGUCAAAGAAGACGGCCCUGCUUUAUUUGAUCCGCAUAUAGGCAAUAAGCUGCUGCUAUGCUGUUUCGCUUUCAAUUCAUUCCGGGUCCCAUAAUAUGCCAUUUUGUUUUGUGUACCAAAAACGGCUGAUUUUUAAUUGCUAAGAUUCGUACAGAUCCAUGUAAGACAAAAGGGGGAGAACAAUAUGCAUGAAUUAUUUAUUGGAAAACUCUCACUGCCUCUGAAAUUAUGUGUGAAAUAAUAUAAGGGUUUUGUCGAUGUUGUUGAUGUUGUUUGUUUCUGCCAAAUAUUGUUUUCGUCCUUGUACUAAGUCACUAGUGGUCUGGUAUGAUUUUUUUAGAGCACAAUGGAAUCACGAUGACUAUGUAUUUGACCAGGUCUAUUUUCAAUACACUCAGAUGCCAAUGCUGUACGAGUAUAAAGCUGUCUAUUUCCUUGGUGUGCAAUCAUAUUGCCAAAGAACAAGAUCAAACUAUUUCAUCAAUACAUGUAAAUAACCACAUUGUCUAUAUGACAAUAAAUGUCACAUCAUGUUGUUACUUUUCCACAUAUUUCUCCUGAAACUAAAAAUAAUGUUUAUGUAAUGUAUUGUCUUCCAGUUGCAAUAAUAAAAAUAUCAGAGUUUUAAA